GGGCAGUGAAGCGCACAUCUCUCUGAACUCCACGGUUCCUCUUGCGGAGAGAGUUCAGUCACUUUUGUCAUCCGCUGGUGAAGUUUCGAAACUUUGACCAAUUUAAGAUACAUUUCCUCAGUUUGGGAGCGCUGGCUAGGAGCAUUACAUUUUGUAGACAAUCUUGAUUUUGGUGGCAGUAAUACCGACCUAACCAUCUGUUAAACUUUCAUCUGUCACCCUUGCCAAACGAAGUUAUCAGGAUGAGCUUCUUGUUUGGCAGUCGGUCAUCUAAGACCUUCAAGCCCAAGAAGAAUAUUCCAGAAGGCUCCCACCAGUAUGAGCUGCUGAAGCACGCGGAGGCCACGCUGGGCAGCGGUAACCUGCGACAGGCCGUUAUGCUUCCCGAGGGAGAGGACCUCAACGAGUGGAUAGCAGUCAAUACUGUGGACUUCUUUAACCAGAUCAACAUGCUGUACGGCACCAUCACUGAGUUCUGCACGGAGACCAGCUGCUCAGUCAUGUCUGCUGGACCAAGAUAUGAGUACCACUGGGCUGAUGGCACCAACAUCAAGAAGCCCAUAAAAUGUUCAGCACCCAAGUACAUCGACUACCUGAUGACAUGGGUGCAAGACCAACUGGACGACGAGACUCUCUUCCCAUCCAAGAUUGGAGUGCCAUUCCCCAAGAACUUCAUGUCGGUGGCCAAGACCAUCCUGAAGCGGCUGUUCCGCGUCUACGCCCACAUCUACCACCAGCACUUUGACUCGGUCAUGCAGCUGCAGGAGGAGGCCCACCUCAACACCUCCUUCAAGCACUUCAUCUUCUUCGUGCAGGAGUUCACCCUGAUCGACCGCAGGGAGUUGGCGCCUCUGCAGGAUCUCAUCGAGAAGCUUUGCACAAAAGACAGAUAAAAAAAGAAAAGGAAAAAAAAAGAAAAACGCCAGGAGAAAAGGCACAUCAGAUACCACAUUCUCCCAGUCUUUGUUACAACGGCACCUCUUCCAGAGCUGUCCAUCUCCAUCUCUGAGAUCUUUAAUCUCUAGCAUUCUUCAUCCUGUCAUCCUUGUCAUGUCUGAGCCUCACUAGGUCAGACGUAGUAGUAAGUAGUCACAUGUUUGCUACAGCCUUCUCUCACACAAUUGAUGAAUCAUGAAAUAGGGACCUAAUGUGAAUGUUUGAAUUUAGGCCUCACACAAACACACACAGUGUUUUUACAUCAUUUUUGUUAAAGGGAUACUGUGAUGUGAGAUCAAAAUUGGAACAUUAAAAAGACAUUGCAAGUCAGUAGGUGUAGCCUAGCCCUGGAUCACUUUCCACUAUACAAACUGACCUGCCAGGUCAUUUUAAUGUGCAUUGAUUUUACACCACAGUAACCCAUUAAAUCAGUUUUAUGCAUCUUCACCUUUAUUGACAAUGUAUGCGUUACUUACAGUUGGGUUGUUUUGUUGUCGUUGUUGGUUUGCUUUUAACACCGCUGUUGGAGGCCUUGUUAUUUCCUAGAGCUUGCUUUUAAUUGCACACAUGUAAGAUGUCACUGAUCACCUUGUUUUUUUGUGUAAUUUGGAGAGAAUGUUGAAAAAGAAAUAGAUUUAGAGGGUAGGAAUAGUUUCCUAACUUAUAAUUUAACUUUUAAAAUGAAGUUUUGGCCAGACAGUUGUGUUUUUUUAAAUGGUUAUUUGAUAUCAUGGAAUUCUUUAGGUUUAUAUUGUACGUGUUUUUUUACUGUGACAUUUUCUUUUACAUUUCAGUCAACGUGUGUUAAAAGGGGCCACAAGAUGUCUUUUUAAAAAUGUAAUGUUUAUUUUUGUUUUAUUCGUGCGGGCACAAUGAAAAUAUCAGUAUCCACAUGUAUGUAGUAGUAGAAGUUGUCCAUUUUUCUGCUUAACAGUUGAUCAUGAUAAUGUUCAUAGUGGUAGGGGCAGCUUUCGUAAAGGGACAUGCAGGCACUUGCUUUUGGCACAUUGUAUUACCAGUCCCCUGAACUGAACUUUUGCUGAAGUGUUGGCAAGACCUUUGUCUCUUUAUUUCGUGGCGAUUUCUCAAUCCCGUGUCAGAUGUAUACCCGAGAGCUAUCUGGAUGUAGGGUGCUCCUGCAGCCUUUAGGGCAGUCCUUGUGUUUUCACUGGUUAUUAAGUCCUUCAUGUCAUAGCAACAUUACUCCUGUUAUUAUUCCUGAGGGGACCCAUGGCCUUCAUUCCACUCCAUCUUACCUCAGCUCUCUCAAUGCAAUCAUUCUGAAAUACUUUUUCAUCUUUGCUGUCAAAGUCAGUCAGCAUGUGCUUUUAUUCAACAGUCUGACAUGCUGUCAUUUUUUUUUUUUUUUCGUAAUGGCGCACAAACCACCAUAGUGUCAAGGGCCAAUGUGUUUUAUUUUCUCGAAAGGGUCAGCUUUCAAGGCAACUGAUGUUUGGCAUCCAUGGUCAGCUAUUGACCUCCUGGAUGUUAAAGGUGUGUGAGGUGUGCUGUGCUCUGUUCGUCUUUGAGCCAGUGGUUGGAAGGACUCCUCUUCCUAUGCCAAAAUAAGCGAAUUUUCCCAUGAAUGUUUUGCCUUGAUGCAGUGUUUCCCCCAGAAUUUGUGUUAGCCAUGGUGGUGGGAUGUUAAGAGUAUAUAUUUUUGGCCAAGCAACUUUUAGAAAUGACAGUCACAACAUGAAAACUUAUAUUUUCAGGGGACCUAGUCAAGGUGGUAGGUGUUUCUUGUCAAGGUAAUGAAGCCUUAGCAGUAAAGUGCUGGGGGGAACCCUGUGAUGCCAGCUGGUAUUUCCAUCUAUGCAAUUCUGAUCCCCACAAUCAGUCAAAGCAAAGGGAACACUGUGAUAACGAGUCAGUGAUCAAAGGCAAUAAGUGUUGAGAGGAAGUUGCUUUAUUUCUGUGUCAAGUGCAACUUUGUUCAUCAGAGAGACAAUUUAAACAGUGCCUUAAAUAGACCACGUAUUGACUGAUAAGUAGUUUUUCGUUUUCUUUUUUUUAGUAUUAUUUUCAUUUUGUGUUAUAGUGGAUUUUAAAAUAAAGUCAGAUAAAUGUC